AUGCAUGACAAGGUCGGUCCAGUCAAAUUGUACGGUGCAAAGGCGUCUCCAUGGAUAUCAUCGACAGCGUUGGCUUAUGUAUAUGUCGAUGUUAUCGUCGCUGUUAUCGACAAGCUUCGUCAAGUCACGGGUAGUUGUCUUUUGCCUAUUCGGGAACUGGUCUGUGCGCUUUGUUUACGGCUCCCGGUUCUCGGCAAUAUGAUAAUCCGUGCCAACGCUAAUGUACCAAUAAGGACUAGUGUUGAGGUUCGGCCCAUUAUUCUUGGAGCCUCAAGGCUUGCCAAGCUUUGCUUAAAAGGUUUCGGCAGCCAAUCAUUUGGCUCCAAAGAAUUUAUGGUUGACUUUGACGUUUCACAGAAUUGA